UUUGCACACGUGUGUUUUGUUUUUUAAAAUUAUGUUUAACUUGCCAUCACAGAUACCAUAGUCAGCAAUUGUUCAUCUCAUAUUAUUACGUCACAAUGGAUAUUGAUGAUGAUGAAAUAAAAGGUAGCAGCCAAAUAUUCUGCAUGACAUGGGUCCCAAAAAAAGCCGCCAAGAAAGUUCCAGACAGAAUCCUUUUAUCGACUGAUGAAUUAAAAAGCGUGUUGAAUGUCAAGAACCAAAAUGAAGAAGAUUCUGAAUCCAGUGAUGAUGAAGAUGUCAUAGAUGAUGAUGUCACAGAUGAUGAUGUCACAAAUGAUGAUGUUAGAAAUGAUGAUGUCACAAAUGAUGAUGUCACAAAUAAUGAUAUCACGGAUGAUGAUGAUUUGAAAGAGUUCGACAUGGAUAAUUAUGAUGAUGAAAACGACACUUUACAAGACGGUGGAAUUUCUUCAUUAGUCGUCUUCCCCACCAACGAGGACGAUCCUUAUAUUACAAAAAACAUUAACGAAGAUUCAGAAGAUGAGAAAGAAGAAAUGGAGGCAUUAAAUAUUUGUGACGACGACAACUUACUCAUCAAUGCUCGUUGCGAAGCCGAUUAUAACUCUCUGGAGAUUCAUGUUUACAACAAGAAAACACAAGAUUUCUAUGUCCACCACGACGUCCCACUCUCUGGUGCUCCCUUGUGCAUGGAAUGGUUGGAUUUUGAUCCCGGAAAUUUGGAAGACGAGAAAACAAACGAUAAAGGUAACUUUGUUGCUGUUGGAAACAUCAACUCCCUUAUUGAGGUUUGGGACUUAGAUGUUUUAAAUACACUGGAACCUGCGUUUGUACUUGGUGUGCCGCAGGAACAUCACAGAAAGUUGCUUCGUUCGGGUGAGAGUAACUUCGGGCACACCGAUGCUGUUCUGGACAUUUCUUGGAACUCUAAAUCAAGAAACAAAUUGUUAUCUGCGUCCGCUGACCACAUGGUGGCACUAUGGAACCUCGAAGUUGGGAAAGUGGAAAAGUUUUUCACGAGUCAUAAAGAAAAGGUGCAAUGUUUGAGUUGGAAGCCUGACUCGACGAAUUACCUCGUAUCCGGCGCAUUUGAUGGGCGUGUCGUAAUCAAUGACGUCAGAGGUCAAGGGUCAUCCAAGUGGAAGUUCAAAGGUGAAAUUGAACGAGUGGUUUGGAACGUCACCGAUCCUUCAUAUUUUGCGGCAAGCACUGAUUCCGGAAUGGUAUACUAUUGUGACGUCAGAGUACCGAAGUCUUUGUUUCACUGGCGAGCUCACGAGAAAGCGAUACCCUCGAUGCUCAUGACAUCAUCAGCGCUGACGUCAUCACUCCUUUAUACAGCGUCGAGUGAUGGAAGAUUGAAAAUGUGGGAUUUGAAAGGAAAUAUACCGAAGUUGAUAUAUGAAAGGAAUAUGAAAAUGGGUAUGGUCCAUUGUAUGGAGAGAAACCCUGAUGUUCUAACUACAUUUGGACUUGGUGGGGAAAAAGGAGGGAUACGAUUAUGGAGUCCUAGCAGUGUUUUUGAAUUAAGCGAGCACUUCCCAAACGCUGAGAAUGUUGUUGCAACAUCCGAUGCUCCGAUGGCAGAAGAUGAUCUUGUGAUGUUGAACUCUGCUCCUGAUGUCCUGGAUGUUGCUGGGAUCGGGAAGAGCACGGAAGUGGAUGUUAGGGUCACAAGGAUGCCAAGAUUAAAGAAGAAGAUUUUAUCAGAAUCGAAUUUAAACGGAAAUCAAAAACUGAAAAUCAAAAAAUCUUUGAAAAAUCUUUCAAUUUCUGGGGAAAAUUUAAUGGAAUCGGACAAUACGGGUGUUGUGGGUUCUGAAUGCGCAAAUAAGAAGCAAAGAAUGGUCGAAAACUGUUCCCAGAUUAUAUCACAAACUGUAGAUACGAAUGAAACAGCUGACCCUACGGUUGUGAAUGAUAGUUCUAACGUUAAAGACGCUCAAACUAAAAGAGUUAAAUCCGGUAGUGCGAAAAGGCGGCAGCGGCGAAAGAAAACGCAUACACGUAAAACGGCAUUAAGUGGAAAUUAAUAAAUUUUAUCCCAUUGAAAAA